AUGCCUGCUGCCGAAGGUGCUCCGCAGACCUUGUACGACAAGAUUCUAGCAGCUCAUGUCGUGGAUGAGAAGCUCGACGGCACAGUCCUUCUAUAUAUCGACAGACACCUUGUCCACGAGGUCACUUCACCUCAAGCCUUUGAAGGCCUAAAAAACGCGGGACGUCACGUACGACGACCAGACUGCACUCUUGCUACAACAGACCACAAUGUUCCCACAAAGUCCCGAAAAGGCAUCAAGGACAUUGCCACCUUCAUCGAACAAGACGACUCUCGAGUGCAGUGCUUAACUCUGGAAGAGAAUGUCAAAGAGUUCGGUAUCACCUACUUCGGUUUGGGCGACAAGCGUCAGGGUAUCGUCCACGUUAUCGGCCCCGAGCAAGGUUUCACCCUCCCCGGUACUACUUUAGUCUGUGGUGACAGCCAUACCUCUACCCAUGGCGCUUUCGGCUGCUUCGCUAUCGGUAUCGGUACCAGUGAAGUCGAGCACGUCCUGGCCACCCAGUGCCUCAUUACCAAGAGAAGCAAGAACAUGAGAAUACAAGUUGAUGGUGAACUAGCACCCGGUGUCAGCUCAAAGGACGUCGUGCUCCACGCUAUUGGCUUGGUCGGAACUGCUGGCGGAACUGGCUGUGUUAUUGAGUUCUGCGGCUCUGUUAUCCGUAAUUUGAGUAUGGAAGCUCGUAUGUCCAUCUGCAACAUGUCCAUCGAGGCUGGUGCUCGAGCUGGAAUGGUUGCUCCUGAUGAUAUCACCUUCGAGUAUCUCAAGGGCAAGCCUCUGGCUCCUCCUUACGGUACCCCGGAAUGGGAUCGUGCCGUCAAGUACUGGAGAACUCUUCAGUCAGACCCUGGCGCCAAGUACGACGUCGAUGUACAAAUCGAUGCCAAGGAUAUCAUCCCAACUGUAACUUGGGGUACCAGCCCCGAGGACGUUGUGCCUAUCACAGGUGUUGUGCCCGACCCUGAAACGUUCAAGACUGAGGCAAAAAAGCAGGCUGGUCGAAGAAUGCUCGAGUACAUGGGCCUCACCCCUGGCACUCCCAUGCAGGAAAUUGUUGUUGACAAAGUCUUCAUUGGUUCCUGCACAAACUCGCGAAUUGAGGAUCUUCGAGCUGCUGCCCAAGUUGUUAAGGGCAAGAAGAAGGCUGACAACAUCAAGCGGGCCAUGAUUGUACCUGGCUCUGGAGUCAUCAAAGAACAAGCCGAGGCCGAGGGUCUCGACAAGAUUUUCCUCGAUGCCGGAUUUGAAUGGAGAGAAGCGGGAUGCAGCAUGUGCCUCGGCAUGAACCCCGAUAUUCUGUCACCCAAGGAACGAUGUGCUAGCACAAGCAACCGAAACUUCGAGGGCAGACAAGGUGCCCAGGGUAGGACACAUCUGAUGUCCCCGGUUAUGGCCGCGGCUGCUGCCAUUGUUGGCAAGCUUGCUGACGUCCGAAAACUGACCGAGUAUACGGCUAGCCCCCAUAUCGAAGCUUUCAAAGCCAACACUACAACCUCGUCUGGCAAGGCACAUGCCGAUGAGAGUAUCGAGGAUGACGACACCGCUAAGGAGAGACUUACUGAUCAGCCCGAAGACAUCUCGCCUCAUGUCAACACCACUGUUACGGAAGCUGCUGGCUCCCAGGGUCUACCCAAAUUCACCGUUCACAGGGGAGUUGCCGCUCCCUUAGACCGAUCCAAUGUCGAUACCGACGCCAUCAUCCCUAAGCAGUUCCUUAAGACUAUUAAGCGAACCGGACUUGGAACCGCUCUAUUCUACGAUUCAAGAUUUAAGGAGGAUGGCUCGCCCAACCCCGAAUUUGUUCUCAACCAAGAACCCUGGGCGAAUGCCAAGGUCCUAGUCUGCACCGGUCCCAACUUUGGAUGCGGUAGCUCGAGAGAACACGCCCCCUGGGCCUUGAACGAUUUCGGUAUUCGAUGUAUCAUUGCCCCGUCAUUCGCUGAUAUCUUCUUCAACAACACCUUCAAGAAUGGCAUGUUGCCUAUCGCUAUCAAGGACCAGGCCGACCUCGACAAGGUCGCCGCAGAGGCCCGCGCGGGCAAGGAGAUUGAAGUCGAUCUUCCGAACCAAGUUAUCCGCGACGCCGCCGGCAACGAGCUUUGCGGAUUUGAGGUGGAGGAGUUCCGCAAGCACUGCUUAAUCAACGGCCUUGAUGAUAUUGGCCUGACUCUCCAACUGGAAGACAAGAUCCUAGAGUACGAGAAGAAGGCGUCGAUCAAGACCCCUUGGGUCGAUGGCACCGGAUACCUAAAGAGGAAAGGACGUGGCGGCCGACUAGCCGCUAAACCGGUGCCGGUGCCCACUACUAACCGCGGACAGGAGCUUAAGGACCCUAUCGACUGGUAA